CUUUUCUCAUGUGUGCGUAUAUAAGCGUUUGAGGUUGGGGUUUAUAGGGGUGAGAGUUUUAAUAUAAAGCCGCCACUCUUCUUCUCUCUUCAAUCUCAUAUCAAUUUCAUAGCCUCCGUUUCUAUUUUUCUUCCCAGUAUCCACCAUUUGCAUUGCAUUUCUUCACACCAUCUAUAAUAAUUAUACACCUUGUUAGUUUUAAAGAUACAUUAGAGAUAUAUCCACAUAAAGUUGAGUUCUUGCAAGGGACCUGGGUUUAUAAUCUUUAUUAGUGGAAAGGGCUUUCUUGUUUUGAGGUGUAUUUGAAGCUGAAAAGAAACAAGAAUGAAAUACGUUUUGGUGACUGGUGGAGUUGUGAGUGGUUUGGGAAAAGGAGUUACUGCUAGCAGUAUUGGCCUAAUUCUCAAGGCUUGUGGUCUUCGUGUGACUUCUAUUAAAAUUGAUCCAUAUUUGAAUACCGAUGCCGGAACAAUGUCCCCUUUCGAGCAUGGAGAAGUUUUUGUUUUGGAUGACGGGGGAGAGGUGGACCUAGACCUUGGAAACUAUGAGCGGUUUCUAGAUGUUAAGUUGACUCGUGAUAAUAAUAUAACUACCGGAAAGAUUUAUCAGUCUGUAAUCGACAAGGAGCGAAGGGGCGAUUACCUGGGGAAAACCGUACAGGUAGUCCCUCAUAUCACAGAUGCCAUUCAGGACUGGAUUGAACGUGUAGCAGCCAUACCAGUUGAUGGAGAAGAAGGUUCAGCUGAUGUUUGUGUCAUCGAGCUUGGCGGCACAAUUGGGGAUAUUGAAUCAAUGCCAUUUAUAGAGGCACUCGGACAGUUUUCUUACCGUGUUGGCACCGGAAACUUUUGCUUGAUACAUGUCAGCCUUGUGCCUGUUUUAAAUGUUGUUGGUGAACAGAAAACUAAGCCGACACAACAUAGUGUGAGGGGACUUAGAAGCUUAGGAUUGACACCCCAUAUUCUAGCUUGCAGGAGCACAACGGAACUUGAAGAAAAUGUGAUAGAGAAACUCUCCAGAUUUUGCCAUGUUCCUGCACAAAACAUUAUUACACUUUAUGAUGUUUCCAACAUAUGGCGUGUUCCCUUGCUGUUAAAAGAGCAGAAGGCUCAUGAAGCAAUCUUAAAAGUACUGAACCUUACAGGUGUUGCUCGGAAACCUGUGUUGGGGGAGUGGACAUCGAGAGCCCAACUUUGUGACAUGUUACAUCAUCCGGUUAGAAUAGCCAUGGUUGGCAAGUACACAGGCCUUUCAGAUUCUUAUCUAUCUGUGCUGAAGGCUUUGUUGCAUGCGUCUGUUGCUUGCCACAGGAAAUUGAUCGUUGAUUGGGUCCCUGCCAGUGAUCUUGAAGAAACAACAGGACAAGAGAAUCCCGACGCUUACAAAGCUGCUUGGAACUUUUUAAAGGGUGCUGAUGGAGUUCUAGUACCAGGAGGGUUUGGUGACAGAGGCGUCGAAGGAAAAAUCCUUGCUGCAAAGUAUGCCCGAGAAAAUAAGAUUCCUUUUCUUGGAAUUUGCCUAGGAAUGCAAAUUGCUGUUAUCGAGUUCGCUCGUUCUGUUCUUGGACUCGAAGAUGCAAACAGCACUGAGUUUGAACCCAACACUCAAAACCCUUGUGUCAUAUUUAUGCCGGAGGGUUCGAAGACUCAUAUGGGAGGUACUAUGCGCCUUGGAUCAAGGAGGACAUAUUUUCAGAUUAAAGACUGCAAAUCUGCAAAAUUAUAUGGAAAUAGAAGCUUCAUAGAUGAGCGACAUCGGCAUAGAUAUGAGGUAAACCCUGAUAUGGUACCGCAACUUGAAAAAGCAGGUCUCUCGUUUGCCGGAAAAGACGAAACUGGCCAGCGCAUGGAGAUUGUUGAGUUACCUAGUCAUCAAUACUAUGUGGGUGUUCAAUUUCAUCCAGAGUUCAAGUCAAGGCCAGGGAAACCUUCUGCUCUUUUCUUAGGGCUAAUAGCAGCAUCAUGUGGACAAUUGGAUUCUCUCCUGAACAAGGGUGUGGCGAAGAUGAGCAAUGGUACCUCAGCAAUGGCACCACACCAAAAUGGCUAUUCAGUAAAGCUUGCAAACGGAAAUGGAUCAUUAGAUGGAGUCAUCUACAGCAAUGGGAAUGGCUUGCAUGCUUAAGACGAGGGGCUUUUUGACGCAGUUUGUUUUAGGACCUUGUUUUCCCUCCCUUUCAGUAUAAUGGGUGUGGUUUAUCAAUUUUGCUGCGGACUUUUUCAAUCGUGUGUAUAGAUAGCCAUGCUAGUGUGUAGAUUUUAUGAGCUUCUGGGAUGGACUCAUGCAUAGAUAGCAGCUAGUUUCCGAUCUUUUAAAACGGAACAGCAUGUUGUAGUUGACAGCAUAUCGCAAGGGAAAAUGGGUUCCAGUCUAGAUGACUAAAAGUGGUCCUUUGAUCUGGGGGUGGUCCUAUUAGCUUGUACCUUAAGAGCUUUUUAAUGCAUCUUUCCGGUUUUAGUU